UCGCGAUCCUCGCGCGGCGUUGCAGCGUGGUUAAAAAUAAACACACCGACGAAGGUGAGCGCGGAGAAGCGCGAUAUUCGCUAGAAUUCGACGUUGUUUCUACGUCGUGACCGAGCUGGCGAGUCUCCACGAGAGAGACGUUACGUCGAGAAAGCGCGUACGGUGUCGCGGCGAAAGCCAUGAGACGGAGACGCUGAACAGAGGUUACAGAGUUCUAAACGACAGAGCGUUCGGAUAGGAACGCAGGAGGGAUCCAGAGGAGGUACAGUUGUACAAACAAUGUUUCCGUUAAACGACUAAGUGCCUACACAGAGAGAGAAGGAGGGAGAGGGAGGGAGAAAAAAGAGCUCGAUUCUGAGCCAGUAAGGCCGCAUACCAGACCACCACACUCGUCCGUAUCAUCAUCAUCAUCGGGCGAGAGACAGCCUCUACUCGGCAGAAUGCCCACCGUAGCCAACUCCUCGCUGACCUACGAGAUCCUCAUGUACUUGAACUCUUUCUACUUCGGUAUGUUCGCCGUGUGCGAGUUCGGCAUGGGCCUGUUCAAGGCCGCGAACCUGCCGUCGCCGGGUACAAACAAGACGCUGACAGAGUUCGCAAUACUAUUCUUCCUGAUAGUGACGGAAGCCGGCAGGAUCUACCUUGGUAGAAGAGGAAACCUGACCGAACGCGGGCUGCCGAUUCUCAUCGGUAUAGUCUUGACUGUUCCCAGCUCCUUAGCGACUCUCUACUUCCUCCUAUGGCAGUACUAUGUACUCAGGCUGGAGGUGAUCCUCUGUUGCAUACAGUUAGCCCUACUGGCAUCCGAGGUGGUGAUCUCUGUCAUGUGCAUCAUCGCCAUUUACCGACCGCCACCUCCGGAGAAGUAACGGUUGAUACACCUUUCGACGACAGGGAAAUCACACUACCUCUACCUUCACACUUAUCAUGCUUAACAAGAGUCCAUUCCGAGUAUGUUAUCGGUUUUUGUCACGCACCGGGCUAAGAUCCUCAUUGUCUUUUUAUUUUCAUCAAGUAGUGGUAGAGAACAUUUCUCGCCCCCUUGUAAUUUUUGUUACCGUGCCUCUAAGUCUGAAAGAUAGUUUUGUCAGAAUAUCAUAUCAUCAUAUUGGAAUAUACCAUGUAAUAUAUUUCCUAUAUCUUUCGAGAUAAACUCAACGUUCUAUAUAUAAUAAUACACAUGUACACGCCGAAAUAGGAUUUCGCAGGCGUAUUUUUUGCACUAAAAAUCCAAAAGUAAAGACUGGGUAUUAGAAAGAGAUGCUGAGAAACAUAUUUUUGUGUAUCUUCCACGAAAUGUACUCUCUGUGUGUAUACAAUUACGAAUUUCAAAAAUUGUACAAAACACCUCAUAUACAUUCUCGAGCAUCCAACAAGCACUGUACAUACACCAUCCACAUUCCGUAGACUGAAUUAGAUGAAUGAUAGAUAUUUUGCGAUCUAAAUUUUAUACUCAAGUGUAAAAUGACUCUCUAGCAGGGCGACAGUUCUUAAUAGGAGUAAUUUACCAUACCCGGUAUGCCAUCUCAUUUCGUUUGGAGAAUAAAGAAAAAGAAAUGGAAGAAUCAUUAUUCAUCUCUCUCGUGUUAAUCUCUCGCGUAACUUGUCUGAUCGACAUCGUCAACACUGCCACUUACGUGUAUCUUCACAUUUAAGCAGCUGAAACUCGCAUGAAUCCCCGAAAGGGAGGCUAACAAUAUGCGCUAUGUGUCUAUGCCCCCUGUGUUGUACUUGCCUUCGAUGAAGAAAAAUAUGCGCACACGUUGUUUGUUUGUAUACACAUUUAUAUCAAAAUAAAUAUUUUUCAAAUAAAUAAUA